CUCCCUCCUUUUCUUUGUCUUGCCUGCUUUGCCUAGAUUUUACUUUCUGUCACAAGUGGCCAAUCUCCACUCUAUCCCCAUCCCCAAACCCUUUCUCUAGUCAGUAAAGAACCAGAGGCUUCGGUCCUUUGGUUCGCCCAUAACACCGCCAAGAUUCAGUCCAACGCCCAAACCUCCCUCAUCUCCUCCCACCCCUUCGGCAGACUGUUCAGCCUCUUCUCGUCUGCCGUUGGAUUCAUCAUGCCUGCCUCUGUCCACUCCACGUACCCCUCGGACACGGACACCUGCGAUAUCAAAGAAGCAGAGUCUGGUUAUGUCAGUGGUGACUCGAGCCAGCCUAGUCUUCCGGACCUCGUCUUCACGAAGCCCCAUUUGAAGUUCUUGAACAGGCAGCUUCAGUUUCUCGAACCCCAAGAUGUCUUGAGAUGGUGCAUCACCAGCCUUCCGGGACUCUAUCAAACCACCGCCUUUGGACUGACUGGUCUGGUCACAAUUGAUAUGCUCUCAAAACUCGAUGUUCCCAGACCGCAGGUUGUUGAUCUGAUCUUUCUCGACACACUCUAUCACUUCCCCGAAACUCUUGCUCUGGUUGAGCGGGUCCGGAAGCGAUAUCCAAGCCUUAGCAUUCAUGUCUACAAGCCACAGGGCGCCGAAACUGCUGAUGAAUUUGCUGCGAAAUACGGAGACCGACUGUGGGAGACCAACGACCAGCUGUACGACUGGCUCGCCAAAGUCGAACCGGCCCAGCGUGCCUAUCGGGAACUCCAAGUAAGCGCAGUGCUUACUGGCCGUCGUCGAAGCCAAGGAGGAAAGCGCGGUGACCUUAACAUCGUCGAGGUUGAUGAGGCUGGCCUUAUCAAAAUCAAUCCGUUUGCCAACUGGGGCUUCCAGCAAGUCAAGGACUACAUCACCACCCACAAUGUUCCGUACAACGAACUUCUCGACCGGGGCUACAAGAGCGUCGGAGACUGGCACUCGACACAACCCGUGAAAGAGGGCGAAGACGAGCGUGCCGGUCGAUGGAAGGGUCAGGCCAAGACAGAAUGCGGCAUCCACAACCCCCGAUCGAAGUACGCACAGUUCCUUCGAGAGCAAGAGAUGAAGAGGCAGCAGGAAGCACUGGACCAAGCUCUUCAAGGCGCGGACAAGGCGUAGUUGAAGCGGCGG